AUGAAAAUUUUAGCAUUUGCUUUAUAUAUCAUUUUUUCAACAGCUCAGAAUGCUUGCUCUCCUUAUAAAUGUGUCACAACCAACAUGAACGUCAAUAAAGAUACCUGCUUUUACUUCAAUCACACAGAUGAGGCAUAUUGAAUUCAGCCCUGUCCCAAUGCAACUGUGUAUUGCCCAGUGAGCUAUAAUGAAAAUUCUCCUAUCCAAUGUGAAGCUGCUGUCAAGCCCACAAAGCAAGCUUGGCCAGGCGAAAAAUGCACGAAUAAUGAUAAUUGUUUGCCAGGCAGCACAUGUAAUGGGAAUAUCUGUGUAGGGAAAACAGUUGGAGAAGCAUGCACUGAUAAUAGUGACUGCAACCCUCAAUUGUAUUGUGGGGCUAAUAAACAAUGCCAGCAGCAGAUACUUGCAGGGAAAACUGGCUGCACAAAUGAUUUUAUGUGUGUGAACUCAGCACUUUGCAAUUAUACAAGUGGGCAAGAUCCUAGCAAGGCAAGAUGCUUGAAUGCUUAUAGCUUGCUGCCAGGGACUAUUAUUGCGGAUUGUCCAGUAAGCGGGAUUAAUCCUUUGUGUAUUGCUGAGCUGUGCAUUCAGAAUAAUGGGAUUUCUUAUUGUGGGGAUAAGGUCGUGUCAGUCAAUUUAUGUUUAGUUAGAUUUAUGAAAAGCUCAUUGUGAUGGCUGAGGCAAGCCUUUUUCCCUUGUGAUCCUUUAUUUGUUCACCACACUGCGCUUUACUAGCUGCGAAGAUUGCUUUUGCCGGAAGCCUUCGUUCACGCUGUACCACUCUAUAUUGAUAAAAUUAAAGAGGCUUGAUUUUUGGUUGAGUCUCAAAUGGAAACUCGAAGCCUAGGGCGCAAUGCUUGUAUCGCGUAAGAAACUUACCCGAUCGGCCAAGAAACUAGCUUCUGGCACUAGUGAGAUAUCUUUUUCAAGCUUUGGCCUAUUUCCCCAUAUGGCCUCUUAUCACUGAAUUCAACUUAGGCUUAGGAGCUCAGCACUGUCACUCUUGAUCUUGCACUUUUGAUAGUGUACAUUCACCGAAAUACAUUUGAUCAAAUUGGUAAUUUUUGAUAGUAUACGAUAUACCGAAAAAAACCGCUAAAAUUUCGACCAAAUGCACUUCGAUGAAAUGUACACUAUCAAAAGUGCACGAUCAAUUUCAUGAAGACGCCGCUCUCCCUUCUUCAAGAAAACUUUAAUAAAUAAGGAUCCCCCCCUCAUUUGUCCAAUUUUCUAGUCUUUUAUCAUUUGUUCAUUUUUCUAGUUUUUUUUAUAGGAAAAAAAAUUUUUUUUUAGUACCUCAUUUCAUUUGUCCAAUUUUCUAAUCAAAAUUUUGAUAGAAAAAAAAAUAUUUUUCAGGGCCUCAAUUGUCUCAUUUUCUAGUUUUUUUAAAGAAAAAAACUAAAAUUUAGGAGAUUCGAAAAAAUCCAAAAAAGACUAGAAAAUGGGACAAAUCAUUUUUAUCUAGAUUUUGGACAAAUGAGGUCCUGAAAAUUUUUUUUAUCCCAUAAAAAAAAAACUAGAAAAUUGGACAAAUGAGGGGGGGGGGGUCUUACAAAUAUCUGAAUCUAGUCUCUUCCUUGAGGUCACCCCUACUUAAUACCUACUGCUGGACAUUAGAGGGUUGAUUUGCCAUGCAUUUUAUUUUUUUAUAGGACUGUCAAUCAAUUCUAUUCCAAUUACUUGCAAUAGCUAUGUAGACUGUAUGUCACUGACAGAUCGGUUUGUAGGAGGAUAUUAUGCUAUUUAUAAUAAAUUUCAAAACAAUAAAAUUUAAAUUACAUUUAGCCCAAUCUUAUCGGUAUAAUGAUACUAUUCUAACUGCAGCUGUGGCUACAAUGCAGAUGCAAGCGCUUAUUGUGAGCUUUUCCCUGGAGACCAGCCAUAUAAUGCAGCACGAUUUUUGUCUGUGCUUCCCGAUUUUCCCACCUUUAAAAAUGGUAGAUUGCUCAAGCAACUUGCAUUGGCCAAAUAACUCCACAAAACCUAUUUUGGCAGGGGUUUUCCAUUAGGAUUAGCUUAGCCUUUUUUCUGUCAGUAAAAAUCAGAAGCCCUGCCAAAAUUGUGCUCGAGCUAUAUUCUCGAUAUUUAACCUUAAAACAGAUUUGGCUUUCAAGCCAAGAAGUUAAUUUGUGCAACACAGAAAGAAGAGAUAUCGGCCCAUGCAUGCAAAAUUAUUUUGCAGAUUAUGUUGAAUUGGCUUACCAGUAUUUAUACGUUUCAAUAUACCCAAAAAUUCAAGCAAACACAGACUGUGUAAAGGAAGUGAUGAACACCAAUUUUUGGGGACUUUGGCAGAAAAUUGUAGACCAAGACGAGACAUCAAGCUCUUUACUGAGAAUUAUAAGCCUAAUAGCUUUAUAUUUCAUUUAA